GGCACACUCAAACACACGCACACAUAUAUACACGCCCUCCACCCCCAUCGCUGCAGUGUCUCAACUGCCUUGGAGCAAACAAGAGAGGAUAUAGAACACAGACGUUAAUAAGACAGGGAAAGAGGGGUGCUGAAAGAGAGAUGUACGGGUGUGUGUGUGUGCGUGUGUGUGUGUGCGAGAGUGUGUGACAGACCCUGUGAAUAUGAGGAAAAUAUGAAGAUGAAAAAGCAGGACUAAAGGUGGAUUGCAUACAGCCUUUCUCUCCCUGCAAAGGGCUUGUCUGCAGUAUCCUUUGUAAAUGGAUGCUGGCUUGUGAACACGGCUUGGAGGCCUCGAGUUGUCGGGGAGACACCACGCUGCAGAAGAACGGGGAAAGAUUUUCAUCAGGAAGAUCAAGUGAAGCAGACCAAAUAUCAAACUGAAGUGAAUGGUUGCGGAAGUCAAACGAGGGCAGCGCACCGUAAGAGCCAUGCGGGAGGAGAGUGAAGGGUUUUUGGUAUUCACACACAGCUACUGACAUAUGCUGAACAGUCCCAAGCCCGCCAUCAUAGCCUGUCCUCAGGGGGAGCCCUUGCUAUGAACCCCAGCUACCUUGAAUUGAGCAGACAGUCCAACCUCAGUGCCAGGCGCUGUGUGGGCAUCCCACAAGUCUGGGUUCUGCCCACACAGUACUCACAGACUACCCCAGUACAAAAAGAAUGAAAUACUCCUGAGACACUCCUCUGUGUGGUGGCUCUCUUGUCUAGUGUUAAAGUGGUCUGUUGUGUAGUUCUGUCUGCCUCUUCCCCAGUGAGUUCCAGUUAUUCCUAUAUUAGUGGAAACCUCUUCUGGCUCUUCCACCAGCUCCAAAACUUCGACAUAACUAGCUUUCACAUCAAUCAGCAGCACGAGUUCCUUUGUGCUCACCACGUGGCGGAGGACCAUGGGAUGCCGUCAGAGCUCGGAGGAGAAGGAAGCUGCGCGGCGGUCGCGGCGGAUCGACCGCCACUUGCGCUCAGAGAGCCAACGGCAGCGGCGCGAGAUCAAGCUACUUUUGCUGGGAACCAGCAACUCCGGCAAGAGCACCAUUGUCAAACAGAUGAAGAUCAUCCACAGUGGAGGCUUCAACUUGGAGGCAUGCAAGGAGUACAAGCCCCUCAUUCUGUACAAUGCCAUUGACUCCCUCACCCGCAUUAUCCGAGCACUCACCACCCUCAAGAUUGACUUUCACAAUCCUGACCGAGCCUACGAUGCCGUGCAGCUCUUUGCCCUCACAGGACCGGCUGAGAGCAAGGGGGAGAUCACACCAGAGUUGCAGGGGGUCAUGAAACGUCUGUGGGCCGAUUCAGGUGUGCAAGAGUGCUUUCAGCGAUCCAAUGAGUAUCACUUAGAAGACAACACUGCCUACUAUCUGAAUGAUCUGGACCGCAUCUCUGCAGCCGAGUACAUCCCAACUGUUGAGGACAUCCUACGAUCUCGCGACAUGACCACCGGAAUCGUGGAGAACAAGUUCACCUUCAAGGAGCUCACCUUCAAGAUGGUGGAUGUGGGUGGACAGCGUUCAGAGAGAAAGAAGUGGAUCCACUGUUUCGAGGGUGUGACGGCAAUUAUUUUCUGUGUCGAGCUAAGUGGCUACGAUCUCAAACUCUACGAGGACAACCAGACGAGCCGUAUGGCUGAGAGCCUGCGCCUGUUUGACUCCAUCUGCAACAACAACUGGUUCACCAACACGUCACUUAUUCUCUUCCUCAAUAAGAAGGACCUGUUGGCUGAGAAGAUCAAACGCAUUCCUCUGACAGUGUGCUUCCCUGACUACAAAGGUCAGAACACCUACGAGGAGGCCGCCGUCUAUGUGCAGCGGCAGUUUGAGGACCUCAACCGCAACAAGGAGACCAAGGAGAUCUAUUCACACUUCACCUGUGCCACCGACACCAGCAACAUUCAAUUUGUGUUCGACGCUGUCACGGACGUGAUCAUCCAGAACAAUCUCAAGUACAUUGGGCUGUGCUAGGACCUGACACUGGGCGUGGGGUUUGGGGGUGGGUCGAGUGGGUCAUCAGUUGGCCCGUCAUCAGGCUGGAUAAACACAAGGCCUGUCACUCUGCCUGUUGGUUUAUCUCUGAAGAGGUGCAAGACGAACUGCAAGGGUACUGAGACGGUCAGGGAUGGACAAUUCUGAAGAUUUGCCUGUUUCAGUCGAAACAACAGAGAUGGUGGGCUACAGUCGAGAUGGGGUUUUUUUUUACCCAACGUGUUUGCACUGAACAUAUGUAUGCAGACACCCAAACACACACACACACACACACACACACACACACACACACACACACACACACACACACACGAAAGCUUAUGUUUGCUCACACACAAGAUCUUUUGGAUCAAACGUCAAGCACUUGUUUGACAAGGCAACACUGGAAGUUCUAGACAUCCACCCCUACCUGCCUGCCAAACCUGAGACUGAGAAUUAGGUCUGUGCUGGUGGUUUUUGGUUUCUUUUGUCUCCUUCAAUUUAUUUGCCUGAGUCAUUUAAUGCUGCUUUAUGGUAUGAAUUUUGACAGAAUCAAUGCUCUCUUUUGGGUUUUCACUCAAACAAUGGUGACCAGUGGGUGCACCUGACGAGAUGAGAUGAUAUAUAUAUAUAUAUAUAUAUACAUAUACAUACAUAUGUAUAUAUAUAUAUAUAGAGAGAGAGAGAGAGAAAGAGGCUGAAUUUCUGGGAAGGGUGGAAAUAAAAAAAAAAUGUCAGUCGACAUGAUGUCACAGGGUUUCUGCCUAAAAGAGGAAACUGCCACAGUCUAAAGCUGAAGUGAAAUAACAUUUUUUUACACACUGUUUCUGUUUCCUCUCUGGUUGACUCUUUAAUGUUGUUCUGUUCCCCACGUUCUUUUAUCUUUUUGUGCAUAAAAAAAAAAAGAACACGUCUCUAAGACCUGCCUUUUAGAGCAGGUCACUGACUUAUAUUACCACGAGUGUUAUACUCAGUAGAGUCAAAAGUAUUCUUUUAUGAUCAUUCCAGUUUCAAGCAAGAGACAACAAAAAAUCGAGUGCCAAGAUCAGUUUGUAAAUAAACCAGAUCCCAUCAUUACAUUAUAUUACUUUUUUUUUUGUUUGUUUCUAUGAAGAAAUACAUUAAAAACAUGCAUGAUUUUGUUACUUUGGGAUACUAAUAUAUUUUCUUUGGGAUUAUGUUCCUCUUUUCCUAGGUUUAAAUAAUAUAUUCCCAAAUAUAUAUAUAUAUAAGUCAAACACUGUGUAUGAGUGUACAGUUGUCAGAGAGGAAUCUAUCGAAAGAAUUAUAUCAAUAUAAAAAUAACUUGAUUAUGAUGCUAUGAUGAUGGGGUGAAGAUGAUGACAGUGCUGACAAGGAUUAUCUCACAACAAAGAUAGCAUGGGGGGAGGAAGUGUAUCAACGGAGAUCAAGACUGUAGAAAAAAAAAAAACAUAUUAAGACGAAGAUGCAAACCUUGAAAGUUCAAUCUUCCUUGCAUUACCUAAGUGGAAAUUGUCAAACAGUCAGUAUGAUGUGUAAAUAUACUGUACGGUACACUCUUUGUUCAAACUAAUGAAAAUAAAGGCUGAGUUGGAAUGCUGUAAAUGAGAUGGAGAGAGUGACAGAGAGAGAGAGAGAGAGAGAGAGAGAGAAAGAGAGAGAAAGAGAGAGAGAGAGGAAAAACCCACCCCACUCCACUCCUCCUCUUACUCUUACUCUUUCUUUUCAGUUCAGAGAGGGUGGUGUGCAAACAACUCAGCUAAGGGCUUCAGGCUUGACUUUAUGGGAUGUCCACUUCAACAAAAGACAAAACAGUAAAAGAGAAAUAUAAAAAGAACAACUAUGAAUAAAACAACUUAUGCAAAUUUU